GUCUGGCUCAUAUCCCUCAGGCCGCGGCGAAGGUAGAUACUCAUCCAUCCGUUCAGUCCACUAAUUAGCGUGUGUCUUAUUUAUCGUGUCCUCUCUCCACAAAUACUCACAUCGAUCGUCAGUCACGAAACCCUUCGGUGGUCCAUACACACACACACACACACACGGGCAUCACACGAAUGAGCUGGCAUGCAGCUCACUCGCAAGCAAAAUUCAGCCACGCAGUGUGUGUGAGUAUAGAGGACGCACCGACUCCCUUCCUCCCUCCCUCCCCCCCGCCUCACCUCAGAGGGCUCUGCUCGCCCUCCGGUCGACCUGGUUCACUCAUACCUGCUGCUCCUGCCUGCCCUUCGCUCGCUACCCACUACACAAUGCCUGGACGCACACACGAUCUGUCUGCGCUAUGUGGUGGGAGUGGCGUUGGUGCCGCCGCCGCCACCACCCUGGCCCUUCCCGCCGCCCCGAUUGCCGCCGUUGCCGCCACGACCCCCGCCGCGACCAGAACCACGGCCUGCACACAGACAGAGACACCACACACCCACGAGACAACAGAGAGUCUUACUAUGCGGGAAGAGAGAGGUGCCUCACUCAACUCAUUCAUUCAGUGCUGUGUGUGCAGUGUACGGGGCUGUUAACAUAACAGGUGACCUUACCUUGUGGUGGGUGUAGGAGCUGUGCGCCCUCCUGCGAUGCGGCCAUGCUGAUGAGCUGCAUGCCGUUCAUGCCGCCAGAGGGAAGGGCGCCGGCCGGGGGGCUGGCCGUGUUGGAGGUGGGGUGGAUCGACUCGGGGUUCUCCUGGUGGCCAGGAUGGUGGUGCGGGUGGGGCGGUGGGGGCCGGUCCCUCUCACGACCUUGCCCUGGUGGCCCUUGCUGCUGCCCUGGUGGCCCUUGCUGCUGCUGCUGUUGUUGGGGAAUGUUGUCCCUGUCUUGCUGCUGCUUCCAGCCGCCCCGCCCCCCACCGGCUCCCCUGCCCCCCCGACCACCGCGACCACCUCUAUCGGCACCUCGAUCGCCGCCUCUAUCAUCCCGCGGGUUGGCCUGAUCGAGCAAGACAACCAUGAGCGGUGGACGAGGGAGGGAGGGUUCGUUCCCUUUGUGGUUUGUCGGGUGUGCGCCUACCUCGUUGUUGGGAGGCCUCUUGCCCCGCCCUCGCGGCCAGCCGCCGACCUGACGCUCCAACUGCAGCCAUGCAGACAGACAGACAGAAAUGAAGGGGCGGAGGGGAUGGGUGAGUGUGUGUGUGUUGUGUGUGUUGGUUGUGCGUCGUCUGUUUGUUUGUUCUGUUUUAGCGGACGGACCUCUUCAAAAGACCUGCGGAUGUCAUCCCGCUCCCUGUCGUGCUUGUCGUACUCCUACACACAUCAUACACACAUGGGACACAGACAUGCACCUUGGCACUCCUCCCUCCCUCCCUCGCUCUCUCUCCCCUCUCUGACCGACCGGUAUGUAUUCGAAGAUGGAGUCGAGAAUCAGCACGGCGUCGUCAACGUUCAUCCUGAGACCGACCAACAUCAAACUCUUCGCAUGGUCGUCGACCCUACACACACACACACACACAGACGGACGGACAGACCGGUCAGAUCCAUCCAUCAAGGAAUGCACCACUGCACUGCUUAGGUCGCUGUCUCUUUCCCACCCACCGACCAGACGUUGCUGAGGUGGGCCUGUUUGGCGACGUCGACGACGUUGCGCGAGUCCCGCUCAUAGAGCCAGGCCUCGCUGCCGGGGCCGGCAGGGAUCUUGUACUCGUGGUAGACGUACUCCAACUCCUGACGGGCAUCUGAAUGAAUGCACUCAGCCAUCCAUCAAUCCAUGGCACACAAGCAGAGCAGUGAAUGGCAUAUAUGGCACCUGACGAAUGUGAUGUGUGGGUGUGGGUGUGUGUGUGUGUGCGCACCGGCAACCUGCUUCUUGGUGUUGCCGAAGAUGCGCACGAGGCAGUGGCCGGGCUGGAUGGUCACACUCUCGUCGAUGCCCGGGUCGCCGGGGUACAACAUCUUCACCUCAACCUGACACACACCACACCACACGCCCCCCCUACUUACUGUGCCCGAGCCCGUGUGCUGUGCUGUGCUGUGCUGUGCACUGCCUCCCUCACUGACGUCGUAAGUGGUGCAGACGCGUCGUAGGUUCUGCCCCUCCCUGCCGUAGAGGAAGUAUGAGACGAGGCUCUCGUCGACCUGGAAGUCGUCCCUGACGGCGUUGCCGUAGUGCUCCCGUCGCCUGCGGACGUUGGCCAUCUUGUUGCCGCGGAUCUCGUGGAACAGCUGGAUCUCGCGCUGGUGCUUGAAGUGCACACCGAACAGAGCUAUCGCGCGGUGGAUGGCCGUCUCCUCACCUGCAGGACAGGCAUUCCAAACACCCCGACGCACGUGCAGGGGUGGGCAGGCUCGUGUGUUGUGUGUCGGGGUGUGUGUGGCUGACUGACCGGUGAGGAUGAGGUGCGAUGCGUCGUCGGCCACCUGAACGCGCAGGAGGUUGGUCUGCGAUAGCACCUGCUGCAGACAGCCGCUGGAGUCCUCCACGUCCGUGUCCAACCAGGGACGAACCUGAACACACACACACACACACACACACACGUGUCCUCUCCCUCCACUGUUUGUGUCUGUGUAGCCGCGCCACUCCCCCGCCCACCCAGACAGACAGACAGACAGGCAGACAGACAGACUGACCUUGGGGUCUAUGUCCAGCUGCCUCUGUUUGAUGGUGCUCUGCUCGAGUGUGGGGGCGUUGUUGAGGGGCCGCAGGACGUCCUUCUCGAAGAUCAUGCUCUGGAUGGUGCCCUCGAACUCGACAAAGUAGAAGUUGCCCUUGACCUGCGUCACCGUCCCCAGCCGCCAGUGCGACGAGCUGUUGUCGGUGUAGGAGAUGAAGACCUCCACCUUGUCGCCCUUGUGCGGCUCCCAGUCGGCAGGGAUGUCCGUCAGGCACGACGGCAGCCGCACGCUCCGCGCCGGGACGACUGCUGGCUGCAUGGCGCCGUCUGGGAAGAGCACCAGGAAGCUGUUGCCGUCGGGCUGGAGGUCCUGAAUCUGCGCCACGUACCACCUGUCGCACCGACCGCCCUCAUCGAUGUUGCACUCCACUGUCGACCCUGGCACCUCGGUCCUCAUGCUGUUGCGCUGUUGUGCGAUGCGUCCGUGAAGGGGGAUGGCUGCGUGUGCACUGGUAUGCGCGCUGAUGCCUGAUAGGCGCUCCGUCCUCCGAGAAAAGGACUGCAACCACUUCUUCAGGGAGAAGAGAACGCAGCUAUCCUGGGGAGUGCCGC